AUCAAUUUGGCAUAAAUAAACUGCUAAUCUUACAUAAGAUUGCAAUAAUUUACUGACUUAUUAAGAAGCUUGAGUGUUAAUAAGCAGGCUAUUUUGAGCUAUUGGUGAACACUCACUACUAUUGGAACACCACAGUGUCCAGGCCUUGUUGCAGGAGCAACCAGAAUAGAUUAUUAUUAUCUUGGCAGUGUAUGUUAUCUAAACAGAAGUUGUGUUAUCUAUGGACAGAAUAUUCAGCAACACUGGUGUGCUACCUCUUUGCCACACUCCAGUAAGGAAUACAAAUACACUACAAAUAUAUACAAAUCCUGAUGGGCAAUAUGAUAGUACAAUAAGAAUAGCACAAAUAUGAUACAGCAUCAUGUGUGGCAAAUAAAGCACAUUUUAGUCAAGAACAAGAUCAAUAGGAUUUUUUAACAGACCAAAGGAACAAGGAUUGCAAUUUUAAUUGUAAACUGAUAUCAUAAUUGUACAUGUUUAACCAAACAAGGAUUAUCAGUAGAUUAACAGAGAUUUGACUAACAGAUGUUUAAUCAUGAAUACAUGAGAUCAGUAAGUCAAACAUUUCUGGAAAUUCUGUCAUCAUUAGAAGAAGACAUUGACAUUCCUCCAGUACAACAUCUGAGCACAGCAAAAAAGGUGCCAAAACGUAACAUCAUAAUACAAAGUCUCAAGAUAGACUACAGUGAAGCUACAAGAUUGGACUCUAGAAUAUCGACUGCUACUGAGGUUAUUACUUAAAAUCAACAUGUCUAAAAUGCGAGAUUGCUUCAAGAGACUGUCAUGGUCGAGAACACAUGAUCCACCAGAGGACAAAUAUGGCAGCAACUACAAUGGUGACGCGAAUGAGAUGCCCGACACACGCCCACUCAGCACACGUCGCGAGGUGAUUGAACAACUCGACUGCGAUGUCAUAUUUGAUUAUCUCAUUCAAAAUGGAGUAUUAGAGAAGGCAUUUGUCGAGGAGUUAAGGGCUGAGAAAAGUAAAGCGAAGGUGAAUAUCGCUGUGUUACAAACCAUAGAGAAUGGCGGAGAUAUGGCAUACAAGCUGUUCAUCAACGCACUGCGUACGAUGGGGCAGCACCAACUGGCGAACCAGCUAGAUGAGGGAGAGAGGAUCAGGCCAAAGUCAGGCUCAGGAUACCUGGGUACAAAGCGCAAACGAGGCCAAGUUGGGGUUCAGAUAAAAGUGACUGCAAUCAAACUACAGAAAGAUGAUUCAACAGAAAAUGCAUGGGCCAAAAGCAGAGAGUGGAUUACACAAAGUGAAGAGGACGUCAAAAUUAUCCAACCACGUCCAAUCGCUCAAAUUGAGCCUCGUCGACGAUCUAUGGAAAAUUUGGAGAUUUUAGAUAUAGAAGAACCACAAAAAGAGAACGAAUCUUGCUGCCAUUGUUUAUGUUUUUCCUGUCUUUUUGGAGGUCAUAAAAAGGAACAAAAAUAUAAAGAGCGAGAUAUCUCCACGUCUAAUGGUGCUAGGAAUGUACAUUCAAAUCGACCAGGUACUUCAAAUAAUUCCAAAUAUACCAGUAAGGAACAUAUCGAAAAUAACAGAAAUGCUUUUGGUUUACUGGAAUACACUGCCGAGAAAUUUUACGAUAUCUUAAAUAACACAGGCACUCCAUGCCACAUAGCAAUGUUGAAGUAUUUCGAACAGAAACGUGAAAUCCUAGUUUUGGGGACCUUCCUUACAGAUACCAGUAUAAUGGUAAAUUUAUGCAUGAAAAAAUCCCAAGUUGAAGAACUGAGUUCGGAUUAUAAUUCUGGUAAACUGACAAAGGAUUUAGAGUCAGUAAUCUUAACUGAGGAGACUCUGAAGAAAUUAGAACUAAGUGCAAUGAAGAUACGAACAGAGAUUGAUAUCGAUGAACUUAACCUUGCAGAAGUAGAGCUGAAAUAAUGAAACCUUCCUAAGGAAAACUGUUUGUAUGGUAUAACAUGGACAGUCCUGCUUAAACUGACCGCUUGAAAUGGAAUAGGAUUUCAACAAACUGCUGCAUAUAACUAGUCUUGCAUAGAACCUCUUCUCUAAUGAACUGUAGAAGAUAUUUGGAAGGAGGUUUGAUGCAAAACUACAUACAGUAAAACCUGUAA